UUGCUAUUAACCGUCACUGAGGCCCAAUAACUUUUAUUUUUAUCUUAAAAACUCCAAACUCAGAUAUUAAUUUCACGUCGUCGUCUAGCUUCUUCGUAUCAUCGGAUCUCACAUUCGCCGCCGUGGGAUUAUCGUUUUUUUAGGGAGAUAAGAUGUUUGGGGGCAGAGCUCUCCGCCGGCUGCUAAGAGAGAGACUUCAAUCACAAAACACUGUAUCUCCAGUUUUGUCAUCUUAUAUUUCUAAGAAAGGGCAGGAAGCAGUUGGAUCUGCCACCGCUAAGUCGUGGAGGGUAUUGGCUCUAUGUGGGGCAGGUGUCUCAGGGUUGUUAAGUUAUGCAACAAUAGCAUCUUGUGAUGAAGCUGAACAUGGUUUGGAGGCUGCCACCUAUCCUUGGCCACACAGUGGCAUUCUAAAUUCAUAUGACCAUGCUUCGAUUCGGCGUGGUCACCAGGUGUAUCAACAAGUUUGUGCCUCCUGCCAUUCAAUGUCCUUAAUUUCAUUCCGCGACUUGGUAGGUGUUGCAUAUACAGAAGAAGAAACUAAAGCUAUGGCUGCUGAGAUUGAGGUAGUUGAUGGGCCAAAUGAUGAGGGAGAGAUGUUUACUCGUCCUGGCAAGCUCAGUGACCGGUUUCCUCAGCCAUAUGCAAAUGAACAAGCAGCUAGGUUUGCUAAUGGUGGCGCUUAUCCUCCUGAUUUAAGUCUUAUAACCAAAGCUCGCCACAAUGGUCAAAAUUAUGUGUUUGCCCUAUUGACUGGAUAUCAUGACCCUCCUGCUGGUGUUACAAUUCGUGAAGGAUUGCAUUAUAACCCUUACUUCCCUGGUGGAGCUAUUGCUAUGCCAAAAAUGCUUAAUGAUGGUGCCGUUGAGUAUGAGAAGCUCAGGCCACAUUCCCAUUUCCCGUAUCAUGCUUAUCUCUUUAUUUGCUAUCUUCCGCAGAUGGGAAAAGAUGUUGUCACAUUUUUAACAUGGGCCGCAGAGCCUGAAAUGGAAGAGCGAAAACUGAUGGGAUUCAAAUGGAUAUUCGUUCUAUCACUCGCACUUCUUCAAGCUGGUUAUUAUAGGCGCAUGAGGUGGUCUGUUCUCAAGUCUCGGAAGCUGGUGCUUGAUGUUGUGAACUAGAUUUCCUCAACUUCCGUGUUAGAGGAUCGACUAUCUGCUCGUCUUUGUGCUAGUUUAUUCAUAAAUCGGCAGAUUUUUUUCCAGGCUGCGCGCAGAUUUGUAGCUUUUCCAUUUUGUUGGUGAAUAAUGAAAUCUUACUAGGGAAAAGAUUUCUUGUUUUUUUCCAGCUGCUUUAUUGUUUGGAUUGCUGUAUGAAAAAUGAGAGAUAUAGAGAACGAGAUGCCUGAAAGUCCAACUCCGUGUAAUAACCCAGUAAUACUAUUUUUCUCAUUUACUUGAGCAAAAUUUUCAUUGUAUUA